AAAAUACUACAGUGCAUGAACGCACGAGAGAGACGUUUCCUGAAGCAUUGCGGAAGAGAGGAGCGCCGCGAAUUCCUGAAAGUGUAGUUGGUCCCAGUUGAUACUGCAUCAUGUCUUGUGCGCUUCUACUGUUGUUGACGAGCUUGGCUUUGGCCAUGGGCACUGGCACAGCGGUGGAGAUCCAACGUCCACGCGGAGUACCACAAUCAAAGAGACAGUUCUAUGAGGAGAACAAGCCCUUUACCUGUUUGGACGGCUCCAGCACCAUCCCCUUUGACCGGGUCAACGAUGACUACUGCGACUGCAGGGAUGGCUCGGAUGAACCAGGUACUGCUGCCUGCCCCAAUGGCAGCUUUCACUGCACCAACGCUGGCUUCAGACCUGCCUUCAUCCCUUCCUCCCGGAUCAACGACGGCAUCUGUGACUGCUGUGACACGACAGACGAGUACAACAGUGGUGCCACUUGUAAAAACACCUGCAGGGAGAUGGGGCGCAAGGAGAGGGAGAGUCUGCAGAUAAUGGCUGAGAUCACCAAGGAAGGCUUUAUGCUCAAAAAACAACUGAUACAUGAAGCUAAAAGGGGACAGGAGGACAAACAGGGCAAGUUGACUGAGCUGCAGGGUAGUAAGAAGGGUCUGGAAGGGAAGGUGGAGACUCUGAGGACUGUGAAAGAAACAGCGGAGGAUCCAGAGAAAGAGGCUAAAGAGCGCCACCUGAAGGCUUGGGAGGAACAAAAAGAACUCAUCCGUAUGGAGAAGGACAAAACUAGAAUGGCUGAGGCUUUUCUGGAGCUGGAUGAUGACGCAGAUGGCUAUGUUUCUGUGGCUGAGCUGCAGUCCCAUCUAGAGCUGGAUCCAGAUUCAGAUGGCUCUCUGACAGAAACAGAGACUCAGGUAAGAUGUCCCUCUGGUCAAGAGAAGAUGUUCUAUCACACUAGUAAAUUACAGGGAUGCAAACUAGUGUCAUUUUGGCUAAAUUUGCCAUUUUGAAUCCAAAAUAGGUGA